AUGCACAAUCUGUUUUUGCAGGUGGCUGAGACAGGUCAGGUAUACCCUGGACCUGAGCCAGAGACCGGCAGCCUCACCCAGCAGGGCAACUACCAGUUUGUGGGAGAUGACGGCAGCACCUACCAAUUCGUCUUUGCUACACUGGUGGUUGCAGCCGCGGCUGCUCCGCAAAACUACAAUGCUAAUCAGUUUGUGAAAUCUGGGCUGCCCGAGAUCCGUAUUCUCAGCCAGAGGUUCGAUCAGGACCCCAACACUGGAAACUACGAGUACAGCUACGAGCAGGACAACGGACAGGCGGCGGCUGAGACAGGUCAGGUGUACCCUGGACCUCAGCCAGAGACAGGCAGCCUCACCCAGCAGGGCAGCUACCAGUUCGUGGGCGAUGACGGCAACACCUACCAAGUCAGCUACGUGGCCGACGAAGGAGGCUACCAGCCGCAGGGCGCCCACCUGCCGGUGGCGCCCGCGCAGAUUCCGGAGUACGAACAGCUGAGGAUUGAACACCCCGAGCUGUUCUGGGCAGAGCAGCAGCAAUACGUCUAGGAAGAUCAGUCGUUUAGGCCGCACUGUGAUAUC